AUGGAAGCUCCGGGCGUUGAAAUUGAGGCGGUGUUGGAGUUCUUGAGAAAAAAUGGGUUGUCAGAGUCAGAAUCUGCUCUCGUGGACGAUAUUAUAGAGAAAUCUCAACUGGGUACUUCAGAUUUUGAGAAGUUUUUGUUCCCUAUGUUGCCGCCGCCUCCGGCGCUAAAACUUCCGGCCAAUCGGCGGGGGCCGUUAUCGGUGGCCUCAGUUGAUGUGGCCUCAGUUGAUGAUGGUAGAAGUACGGGUUCUUCUGAUGAGGAGUUUGUGAGUUUGGGUUCUUCUACUGCUGAAUUCUGUUCCGAAUUUACAAAUCCUUAUGGCAUUCGUACAACUAGACCGACUUCUCAAGCUUCAUCAGAUAGGUUGUCUCAGUUUGGUACUGCACGAGAUUAUCCCGACUUUGAUAUGCAAAAUGACCUAUUCUGGUACAAGGAAAACGAUGAAGACUAUGCUAUGCCACCCCUCUUUGUGGGCAGAGAUUCCGAUGGUGAUCCGAGCGAGGAUAAGUAUAUCACGACUGUCCAGAUAGAGAAGCCCUUUGAGGAUCAUCUCAAUUAUAGUUUUAUAUCUGAAGGAUACGCUAAUUAUUUGGAAAAUGGGUUGCCUUUAACGAUAGUGGAAAAUGUAAAAGGUGAAGCUUAUAAAGAUUAUUAUGAUUUGAAUGAAGACUAUCGACUUGAACAAAGUGAUGAGAAACAUGAAGAACAUUGCAAGCAUCUAAAAGUUGUGGAUGCAAAUGAUGUUCAUCAUUCCAGGGGACAAACAGUGGCAAGUAACACUAACUUCACCAAAAGAAAUUCUACAUAUGAUUUGGUUGGAGGUUUCAAUAAUACCCCGGACUUCCAUAUACCGGUUAAUACGAAAGAUAACCACUCAAAUGAAUAUGAAAACUAUGAAAUAAAUAACAAUCAAGUAAUUGCUAGAGAACCUCAUGAAUCUGAAGCUGCAGCAGAUGAAGAUGGCGCUGUUAUAUCUGAUGAGCUUCUGACAUAUGAAAACAUGGAAGAUGCUUAUGAAAUAUUUGACCUAAGAAUUAUACACAGAAAAAACAGGACAGGAUUUGAAGAGAACAAGGAUCUGCCUAUUGUUCUGAAUAGUGUCAUAGCAGGUAGAUAUUAUGUUACGGAGUAUCUUGGGUCUGCUGCUUUCAGCAAAGUCGUUCAGGCUUGUGAUCUUCACUCAGGGAUGGAUGUUUGCUUGAAGAUAAUAAAAAAUGACAAGGACUUUUUUGAUCAAAGCUUAGAUGAAAUCAAACUUCUAAAGUUUGUAAACAAGCAUGAUCCAGCCGAUGAACACCAUAUUUUACGUCUUUAUGACUACUUCUACCAUCAGGAACAUCUGUUUAUUGUUACCGAACUUCUGCGAGCAAACUUGUAUGAAUUCCAGAAAUAUAACCAAGAAUCUGGUGGAGAGCCAUAUUUUACAUUGCAAAGGCUGCAGGUCAUAACUCGGCAGUGUUUGGAGGCCCUAGCUUAUCUGCAUGAUUUGGGAAUCAUACACUGUGACCUGAAACCGGAAAAUAUUCUUAUCAAAAGUUAUGAAAGAUGUGAGAUAAAGGUUAUUGACCUUGGAAGCAGUUGCUUUCAGAAGGAUAACCUCUCCCUUUAUGUACAAUCUCGUUCCUACAGGGCUCCUGAAGUUAUUUUAGGCCUCUCAUAUGACCAGAAAAUUGAUCUCUGGUCGCUUGGCUGCAUUUUAGCGGAGCUAUGCUCAGGGGAGGUUCUUUUUCCAAAUGAAGCAAUUCCAAUGCUGCUUGCUCGCAUAGUAGGAACACUUGGUCCCAUUGACAUGGAUAUGUUGCAAAGAGGGCAGGAGACGCACAAGUAUUUUACAAAAGAAUACGAUCUUUAUCAUAUUAAUGAGGAGACAGAUCAGCUAGAGUAUAUAAUCCCUGAGGAGACAUCCCUGGAGCAUCAACUGCAGGUUUCUGAUUCUGGGUUCAUUGAUUUCGUGCUAUACUUACUAGAGACUAAUCCAAAAAGGCGCCCGACUGCAAAGCAAGCCCUCGAGCACUCAUGGCUUUCCCAAUCAUACGCUGUUAACCCCUUUUGA